AUGAGCUUCAUGGGCGAGGCCAACUUUGGCGAAAACAAAGAGAAUGUGGCGCAGGUCUGAGUUUCAACCUUCUUUUACAUUCCACUGAUUUUUGCAAAGUAACUUUUGCACCCGGAAGGAAUUUUUUGAAAUUUUGCUACCAAGUGUGAUAUAAUUUAAUUUUUUUGAAUUUAAAAAGGUGAUGGUGAUAGUGGGCGCCGUAUUUUACCUCAAAAAGGUAUUUGUAGUCGGAAUUACUGUAAAUUUUCACCGUAUUAGGUUACAUUUCCAUUUCCUGGCACGAAAAUUUGAUUUUUGGCAUUCUGCAACAGAUCUCCGGAAUCUCGCAAAUCCGGAUCGCAGCGAUAAAACUAGCUGUAGUAUGUUCCAAACAGUGUAGUAGACCCCAAAAUACCUCUAAAUUAUUUGAAUAUUUAUCUAUCUAUCCAUUUUUGAUCCAAUUUUUGGGAAUGUCCAACUUGCAGAAGGUCCAAGCGCUUGUCAAGCAGUUCGAUCAGAUUACCGAUCAGUGCGUGCGCUUCUCCCAAUCCGCCUCGUCGGCCGGCGGCUUUGAGCAAUCCAAUUUCCAGCGGGGAGGUCUUCGGAGCAGUAAGUUCAUAUUUGAUGUCAAGUGUAAUAUAAUUUUUUGCUGGAAUUAGGCUGAAUUUUGUAUUAGAGGCGCUUCUUGUCGUCUAUGUGCCAUAUUUAGCCUGAGACGGCAGUUUUUUUUCGGUAUUUUACUCUCAAAUUGAAGUUUUUGAUAUCUGACGUCAAGUGUAAUAUAAUUUUUUGCGACUUUUGACGAAAUUUUGAUUUUAAUACUUACAUGAAAAUGCCUUGAGCUUUAUGAAGUAAUUUUAUCCCGGUUUUUGGGUGUUUAUCCACUUGAACUAUACGUUUUUUUGAAGGAGAAGGUCUAGUCUAAAAUAAUGUCGAUCUUUGGGUAAACUUUGACGGAAAGCUUAUUAAAACUGCUUUGUUACAUAGAUAUGGGACUGAUAAAGGUUUCAAAUCAAGCCACACCUCGUAUUUUACUAUUAUUUUAUUGAAAUUUCGAAUUUUGAGACCAGAUGUCAAGUGUAAUAUAAUUCGUCAAAUUUUAACAAAAUCUUUGGUGGAAAUUUCUUUCAAGCCUUUGAAAGUGAUAUUCCAAGUCUUAUAAAUUAAUUUUAGCUAUGCUGUACCUCAUUUCCACAUUUUUUUCAUCACUUUUCAUCAAAUUUUACCUAAAACAAUAUAAAAUUUCCCAAAAAAUCCCGCUUUUUCCAGCCUACGAUGCCGAACGUCGCAAAUCCUUGAACAUCCAUCGACGAUCCUUGAACGCGGCCAAUUUUCAAGCCCUGAACCCGGACUUGGACCACGUCGCACAGCUCGGAGCACAGCUCCGAAACGCCGAACGGGACCUGGAAAUUCGAGCCGAUCUCGCCGAUUCGCACGCCGUUUUCGUGUUGUAUAAGCGGAUUAGUGUGAGUGUUUCGAGUCCGCACCCAUUUUUUUGUUGAGUUUUAGAGUCGUUUUGGCUUUUCGAAUUUUAAUUAAAAUGGAAAAAAUGAGGAAUUCCAAUGGUUUUUUUGCGGCUUCUUUGAUGUAAAAAGAUGUCUCGGACCUUUAUCUGUGAAUAUUAAUUCAUUUCCUGUCGGUUUGAAUCGGUUUCAGGCCAAAAAAUGCGUUUUUUCGGGGAAAAAUACCUAGUACAAUAUAAAAAUUAUUUAAAAAUUUGUCGGAUUGAAUAAUAAUAUGUGUAUUUGAGACGGCUGAUUCAUGAAAACGAUUUUUAUUUUGAAUUUGUUUUGAAAAAAAGUGGAUUUUUGAGCGAAAAUAGAAUAUAAAUAUAAUUGUAAAGAGCCUGCUGGUCUUUGAUAUGGUAAAAUAAAACGUAUCCAGUCGUUUUUCCCAUUGGAACUUUAGAUUUUUUUUUAAAUUUUGUUAUGGAUAAUAUAAAUUAUAGAUAAAAGUUGAUAUUUCUGACUGGCAAUUACGUGAAAUUGAUUUCCUUCAAUUUUACUUGCAAUUCUAGGUCUGUUACCUUUCCGUUGUUACGUAUUUACAUAUUUUUUGGUUUACUUUUCCAUGGAUAAUAUAAAAAAUCGAUACAGUGAAAUUGAUUUUCAAUGGAAGUUUUGAGGCCUUUGCGAUUUUUGAUAUCAUGUUUUAUCUUUCGUUUAUUUCAAAAUUUUUGGUUUUGACUUAAUCUUGCCAUGGAUAAUAUAAAAUGUUGGUUAAGCUGUUUAUGCGGGAAAUAAGCCGUUAAAGGUGGUCUAAAUGUUGCAGUUGAGAAAUCGUGGGUCACACAGGUCGGUUGGUGCAAGUGCGGGUGAGCCCUUUGGGGUGAUCGCAUUUUCAGGUGAUGCAAUUUCGGGUGGCGCACAUUCGGGUGAUGGAUUUUUGGGGUGGGUGAAUUCUCGCGUGAUGAAGAAAAUAUUGUAAUGAUGGCUACUAAAUAUGACUGUUUCGACCAUCAGGAAUGCGAAGAUGGAAAUCUCAUUUUCUUCCUCGGCGGCAUGGCCCAGAACAUCAGUAAUCCAUAGUCGUAAUUUUCUUUUUAAUUUUUGGAUUCCUGAUGAUCGAAACCCCCAAAAACAUUUAACUAUCUUAUGUCAUAUUUAGUAGCCAUUAGUACAAUAUUUUAUUUAUCACCCGGGAAUUAACCCACCCCAAAAAUCCAUCACCCGAAUUUGAACACCCGAAAAUGCGAUCACCCCAAAGGGCUCACCCGAACUUGCACCACCCGACCCUGUGUCACCCAUAAUUUCUCAACUACAGCAUUUAGACCACCUUUAACGGCUAAUUUCCCGCAUAAAUAGCCAAUUUAACCAACUUUUUAUAUUAUCCGUGGCAAACUUAAGUCAAAACCGAAAAUUUUGAAAUGAAAGAAUGCUAAAACAUGAUACCAAAACUCGUAAAGGCCUCAAAACUUCCAUUGAAAAUCAAUUUCACUGUAUUCUAACCCGAAUUUUUUUAUAUUAUCCAUGGCAAAGUAAACCCAAAAAUAAGUAAAAUACGCAGCAAAAAAGAUAACGGACCUAGAAUUGCAAGUGAAACUGAAAGAAAUCAAUUUCACGUCAAUUGCCAGUCAGAAGUAUCAACUUUUACUAAUAAUUUAUAUUAUCAAUAACAAAAUUUAAUAAAUAAUCGAAUGUUCCAAUGGGAAAAACGGCUGGAUACGUUUUAUUUUACCAUAUCAAAAGCCAACAGGUCCUUUAAAAUUAUAUUUGGCCCGAAUUGUUAUACAAAUCCCACAUUUUUUGGCCAUUUUGGUAUCGCCAAUGGUAAAAUUUGACAAUUUUUUUUCAAAACAGUCUUCAUUUUCUAUAAACACCCUCUAAACCGCAUAAUAAUCCAUAAACAUUCAUAAAAUUUCGCUAUCGAGACCAAGAAGCGUCAAAUUCCCGCUUCUCCGAUAUUAUUCAUGACACCAGCUAUUUUCGCUCAAAAAUCCACUUUUUUCAAUACAAAUUCAAAAUAAAAAUUGUGUCCAUGAACCAGCCUCAAGUUGGCAUAUCGUAUUUUACAAAUUUGAUAUUCAAUUUUUUCGUUUUUUCAGAACAGAUGUGAAGACCUCCAGGAAGGCAAGAAAAUGCUCCUGAAUGCGGAAAGAGCAGCCCAGAACCACUCGGUCUUCGAAAAGCGCGCCCAGAACUGUCGUCGCGAACUCGACGAGAAGCUGAUCUCCCUCCAAUGCCGUCGCAACGAACUCCAGAAUCUGCUGGAUGCCCUCAGGGCAUUCGAAAAUCAUCGAGCCCCGAUGAAGGAAUGGCUGCAGAAAAUUCAACCCACGGCCGAGAUGGUCGAGAUCUCCAAGGAUUCGUCGGCUUUAGACCAACUGACCGCCGAAUAUAACAGACACUAUGAUGACUACAUGAACCUGAAAAAAGUCACCGAAAAUUUGUUCAAGGAAUUCCAAUUCGAUGAUCUGAAGAACCUAAAAAGUCAAUGGAAUGAGAUUACCGAGCAGUGGAAUGGAUUAACCGAGAUGUAAGAGCUUUUUUUGGGGGUUUUUGAUGAGAAAUCGUCAUGGAUAAUAUAAAAAUUUUUGUUUUUUUUGCAAAUUUUUUAUUGGGUUUGCAUGGAAAUAGUUGAAAAUUGAAUUUUAUUUGUUUUAGGGGGAUUUUUUUACUUAGGAGGUCUAUUUUAACAUAAAAAUAGACAAAAAAUGUCAUGGAUAAUAUAAAAAUUUUUUAUUUUUUGCGAAAUUUUGAUACUUCUUGGUUUUUAUUGGAAGAAUAAUGAAUUUUAUGGUGUUUGAGGGAAUUUGGCAUAAAUUUUAGGGCGAUUUUGACUCAAAAACAGGCAAAAAUUUCAUGGAUAAUAUAAAAAAAUUUGAUUUAUGUUGAAAUUUUACGAGUUUGGAGGUUGAAAUGGCCUUUCGGAUGAUUAGAAUUUGUUUGGAUCAGAUGGGAGUUGAGUUUCGGGUUAAAAAAAUCAAGCUUUAUCAUGUAUAAUAUAAAAAUAUAAGUUCCCGAAAAAUUUUUCGACUUUUGAUUCAUUUUUUGUUUAUAAAGUGUCGAAAAGUAGUCCAUUAUAGCCCGGGGAAUAUUGUUUAUAAAAAAGUUUUAAAAUUUUCCCCACUUUUUACUUUUAGCAUCAUCCGAACCCGCAAAAUGCAAUCGCCGGAUAUCAAAACAAAGCAAGCCCUGUGCCAAUGCGAGACCUGGUUCAAACGCCAGCUCACAAAAUUGGAAUUCUGGAACCAAAAUGGAUUCACAGUAGCCGAACAGAAGCGAAUUGAUGAUAUCUUGGAGGUAAAAAUGGGAUUUUUUUUAUAAUUAGUAACUGCACUGUGCAGUGGAUUUUUGGUCUUGUGUUUUUUGCACGGUGCGAAAAAUUUCGGUAGAAAUUGCACGGUGCAGAAUCUAGAGUUGUCGUUUGCACAGUGCGUUUUUUGUCUUUGGUUUUUGUUUGCACUGUGCAGUCGACUUUUGGCGUUGUUUUUUUUUGCACGGUGCGAAAAUUUUUGGGGAAAAUUGCACAGUGCAAAGGUCGAGUUCUGCUUUGCACUGCGCGUUUUUGUCGCGUUGUCCUUUGCACUGUGCAUGUUUGGUUCAUCAAGUGCACUGUUGCACCGUGCGCCGAUUUUGCGGCAAGUUUUUUUCAUUGCACAGUGCAUCGGGUUUUGCGACAAACUUUUUUGAUGUGCACUGUGCGAAGAAUUUAGCCGCGAAGUUUUGUUUUGCACUGUGCUUUUUUGUCUUGUUGUUUUUUGCACUAUGCAGCUGAAUUUGAAGUGCACUGUGCGAGUUUUGGUUCAUUGAUUACAUUGCACCGUGCGCCGGUUUUGGCGACAAGUUUUUUCAUUGCACAGUGCAUCGGGUUUUGCGAAAAACCUUUUCUAAUUUGCACGGUGCGAAGAAUUUAGCGACGAAAUUUUUUUUGCACCGUGCGGGGUUUUGUCGCGUGUCGUCGCGUGCACAGUGCGUGGAGUUGGGAAUCGUUUUUUUUUUUUUUGACUGCACGGUGCGAACCCUUUUUUGUUUUAUUUUUGUCACUGCACUGUGCAAUAUAUUUUUUGUUUUAUUUUUUUUGCGACUGCACUGUGCAAUGUGUUUUUCGAUUUUAUUUUACGACUGCACUGUGCAAUGUGUUGUUUGUUUUGUUUUUCCGACUGCACUGUGCAAUGGACUAAUUUCCAAAUUUUUCAGAAAUCCGCCCGUUUAAUCGCAACUUUCCGCCAAAAUGGCGAUGGAAUCAUGGCCUCGGACUCGGGAAGGAAGAGCCUCGAGACUUUGGAGAUCCAGUUCGACAGAAUCAGCCAUCUGGUCCGUGAAUUACGCCUCAAAAGUCCUCAAUCCAGCCCAAGUGCGAAGUGCUCGGCAUCUCCAACGACCUCACAAACAAUGUCAACGAGAUCUACAACGAUUUGGUAAGGUGUUUUGCGGAGUUUGGAGGGGUUUUUGGGAGUUUUUGGACUAAUUUUGCCUAGUAUAAGGUUGAGUUGUUUUGUUUUGGACGAAAAAUGACGAAUUUGAUGGAUUUUUGGGAAAUGUGGGUAAAAUACGAUGUGCCGGGCUUUUUCUUGAAAUUUUGAAGGGUUUUGAGACGUGUUGGAAGAUUUUUUUGCAUGGUGUAAGUCCGGAUUAUGUGAUUUUAGCCAAAAAAUGGGUUAUUUUUGAGUGAAUUUGGGUAAAAUACGGAUUAAAUUUAAAUUUUAAGAAUUAUUUUUUAAAGAAAUCCCCUGAAUUUAGAUAUUGUUUAAUGUUUUUGUAAAAUUUUUGUUAUUAUCCAUAAGAAAAGUGGACUUUUAUUGUCUAAAUUUUGCUUUUCGGAUGAUCUUUGAACUUGAUAAAGGUAAAUUGAGCGAAAUCUUUUUAAAAAAUAUUAGUUUCUUCAUAAAAAUUUUGAUUUUUUACCUAGUGUAAUAUAAAAUUUCCCAAAAUUUCGCCUUUUUUCAGCUCCAGCCCUCAAAGCGAGACGUCCUCGGUGAACGGCGCGUUUGUCCGCGUCCAAUUCGAGCCCGAAUGCCUCAGGGAUUUACUGGAUUGCCUCCGGAAUUACAAUCGCAUCAAAUUCUCGAAUUACCGCACCGCGAUGAAGGUCUGGGCGGUCCAGAAACGCCUCAAUUUUGAUUUGAUCGACCUCGCCCACGUGGAUUUGCUGUUCCGCCAGCUUUUGUUGAAGAACCACGGGGAUCUGAGCAUCGAUGAGCAGUUCCAAAUCCUGAAACCGCUCUUCGAAAAGGCCCACGCCGACUUUCCCACCUCAAUAAAGGACGUCAGAGACGCGAUCUUGAAGGCAACCGAACUGUUCAAGAGCCUCGCCAUGUCCAACGAAGCCAGAACCAUCAAAAUGGCCCUUUCCUUCCUGGUGAACGGAAAUUUGGACCAAAAAUACCGGUAUAUCUUUGGAAUUUACACCGAAAAUGGAGAGGGAACCAAGGAAAAAAUGGUGGAAAUGUUCACGGACCUCGCGAAAGUAAGAAAUUCCAGAAAAAACGGGGAAAAUUGAGGCAUUUUGAAGGUUUUUGGAGAGAAUUGGGGGAUUUGCACGGUGCAAUGGGGAAGAAUUGGUUUUGCACGGUGCGAAAAGAAUGAAAAUGGGGUUUGCACUGUGCGAAAAGAAGGAAAAUGAGGUUUGCACUGUGCGGAAGAAAGAAAAAUUACAAUUUGCACUGUGCAUGGUCCGCGACAAGGUUUUUUUGUUGUUUGCACUGUGCAAAAUGGAGGAAGGGGAUUUUGCACUGUGCGAAAAAUAAAAAAUAAAAUUCGCACUGUGCAUAAUCUGCGACAAACUUUUUUUGUUGUUUGCACGGUGCGAAAAGAAUGAAAAUGAGGUUUGCACUGUGCGGAAGAAAGAAAAAUGACAAUUUGCACUGUGCAUGGUCCGCGACAAGGUUUUUUUGUAGUUUGCACUGUGCAAAAUGGAGGAAAGGGAUUUUGCACUGUGCAAGAAAGGAAAAAUAAGGUUUGCACUGUGCAAAGUCCGCGACAAAAAGUUGAGUGAUUUGCACGGUGCAGAAAAGAAGAAAAAAGAGUUUUGCACUGUGCGGAAGAAAGAAAAAUAAUUCUCGCACUGUGCAAAGUCUGCGACAAAAAGUUUUUCAAUUUGCACGGUGCAAAGAAGAAGAAAAAGGCGUUUUGCACCGAACAAUGGCGUUUGCACUGUGCAAGGUCUGCGACAAAAAUUUUUUGUUGUUUGCACUGUGCAGAAAAAAAGGGUUUUGCACCGUGCAAAAAAGGAACAACGACAUUUGCACUGUGCAAAGUCUGCGGCAAAAAAGAUUUGUAUUUUGCACGGUGCAAACUGGAGGAAAAGGAAUUUCGCACUGUGCAAAGUCUGCAACAAAAUUUUUUGUUGUUUGCACUGUGCGGAAAAGAAGAAAAAUGAGUUUUGCACUGUGCAAAGUCUGCGACAAAAGUUUUUUGUGGUUUGCACUGUGCAAACGAAGAAAAUUUUGUCGCAAAGUUUGCACAGUGCAAUGAACUGCGCGCACAGUACGAUAUCCAAGUUUUUUUGCUCCGUGAAAUAAUUUUUUACUGUUCUUCUUCUCAACUAACUUUUAUUUCAGUUCCCUCGACUGGUCGGUGAAGAUUCUUCUCGAUUUGGCCUAAAAUCUGCCCCUUGUUCCACGGCCUCCCUCUUCAAACAUGUCGCGGAUUCGAAUGGUCAACUCAAAGUAGAGCAUGUCACAGUCGACCAGUUCCUCGAAUGGACCCAUCUGAACCCGGAAACGCUGACCUGGGCCCGCUCUCUUCAUCAUUUGAUCAGAUCCGAGUUCUCGAAACACAAAAACGCCAAGUGCGCGGGAUGCAAAAUGUACCCGAUUGUGGGCCUCCGAUUCAAAUGCCUCCAUUGCUUCAAUGUGGACAUGUGCCAGAACUGCUUCUUUGCGCGCAAAACCAUCAAAGGCCACAAACCCGAGCAUGAAUUACAGGAAUAUUACGAAAAGGUAGGUGAUUGCACGGUGCGGCGAGAAUUUCUGUUGGGUUUGGGGUUCGCACAGUGCGGAGAAAGGUGUUUGAUAGUUUGCACGGUGCGAAUGGAAGAAGGAUUUUUUUGCACAGUGCGAAAAUGAAAGUAGAGAAUUUGCACUGUGCGAAGAAAAUUUUUGGGGGUUUUUGGUUGCACCGCGCGACAAAUUUUUUUAUUUGCACUGUGCGAAAGGAAGAAUGAGGAAUUUUUUGCACUGUGCCAAAAAGGAAAGUUGAGAAUUUGCACUGUGCGAAGAAUAGUUUUGAGAAUUUUUGUUUGCACCGUGCGACAGACUUUUUUCUUUGCACGGUGCGGAAAAGAAAGUUGAGAAUUUGCACUGUGCAAAGAACAAUUUUGAGGAUUUUUCGUCUUGCACCGUGCGACAGACUUUUUGCUUUGCACUGUGCGAAAAAACCUUCUUUUUUUUGAUUUUGCACGGUGCGGAAACGAAACGUUGGGGAUUGCACGGUGCGAAUAAAGUUUUGAACAAUUUCCCGCACUGUGCAGUAAUUUUUUUGGGGUUUUUAUUACAGGGUGUUUCAAGAAAUUUGGCAGAAACUAGUUGCGAAUAUUUUUGAGCUCUUGCUAGUUAUCGCAGAAAUUCUUUUUGUUUCUGAAACUUGACAGCGGGCGGUUUUGUACUGAACAAAAAAAAUUUUUUUCGUCGGCGGAGAGGCCAGUUCUCGGCGGAGGCAUUUGGGGCCUUUUUUAAAAAUCACACCUUAUUACAUCGUGGAAACUCUGUUACAGUGGCCAAAAUCAUGUUUACGUUAAACCUCCGUGGAUUUUGCGGUAUGCUUUUUUUGUUUUCGAUUUUCGCUCAUCCGCGGAGGCACGGCGGAGACCUCAGGUUUCGGCGGACGUCGUUUUGAGCCUUUGGAUCAUUCAAUUCAGGUUGGAAAAAAGUGUGGGGUGAUUUUUUGUUGUCACCCGAUGCACAGAUGCAAAAAUUUCGCAGUUUUUUCCCCCGGCGGAGGAUUCGGCGGAGGCUUUACCAAAGGGUCAGAACAGUCUUAGGAGUCCGGGAAAAAACUCAGCUACAAGAAUCCAUCACAGCAACACCAUUUUUCUUAUUUUUUGAUCCGGCGGACACAUCGGCGGAGGUUUCGGCGGAGGCUUUAUCAAAAGAGUCAAAAUUUUGUUUUGACCCUUUGAGAAAGCCUCCGCCGAAUCCUCCGCCAGGGGAAAAAAGUACAAAAUUUUUGCCCUCUGUGCAUCGGAUGACAACAAAAAAUCGCCCCAACCUUUUUUUCAACAUGGAUUUGCAAAAACCGAGGGCCCAAAACAAAGUCCGCCGAAAUCUGCGGUCUCCGUCGCGCCUCCGCGGAUGUUGCGUAAAAUCGAAAACGCAAAAAAAGCAUACCGCAAAAUCCACGGAGGUUUAACGUAAACAUGAUUUUGGCCACUGUAACAGAGUUUCCACGAUGUAAUAUUACGCUUUUUCAAAAGUGCAGACACAUUUUCCGGCUUUUUUUGCACCGCACAGUGCAAGUUUCGCGUUCCCCGCGCGACGCGAUCCGAUUCGAAACAUUUUGCACUGUGCAAUUUCAAAAAAUUCGCGCCGGCUCCGUUGAGAAAAGCUUGCGUCGCAGCGAUAUCCGGUUGCACAGUGCAAAAGGUCAAAAUGCACCCCGCAAAAGGGAGUUUUGUGCACGGUGCGGCCCACGACAAAAUGUGUCUGCACUUUUGAAAAAGCGUAAUAAGGUGUGAUUUUUAAAAAAGGCCCCAAAUGCCUCCGCCGAGAACUGGCCUCUCCGCCGACGAAAAAAAUUUUUUUUUGUUCAGUACAAAACCGCCCGCUGUCAAGUUUCAGAAACAAAAAGAAUUUCUGCGAUAACUAGCAAGAGCUCAAAAAUAUUCGCAACUAGUUUCUGCCAAAUUUCUUGAAACACCCUGUAUUUGCACUGUGCAAAAUAAAGUUUCGGGUUGAAUGCACUGUGCAGACAAAAGUUUUUGUUUUGCACAGUGCAAAAUGAAAAUUUGUCGUGUUUGCACGGUGCGAAUAAAGUUUUGAAGAUUUCUCGCGCUGUGCAAUUAUUUUUUUGGAUUUUUAUUUUUUGCACUGUGCGGAGUAAAGUUUUGGAUUGAGUGCACUGUGCAGGAAAAGUUUUUUGUUUUUGCACUGUGCAAUCUUCUCUUUUGAUCUAAUUUUAUCGUAUUCCAGACGAACGCACUGGAUAAUGUCCGUGAUUUCACGCAAUUCGUCCACAAUAAGAUGCGCCGACGGUCGACCGGUCGCGUGGGCUAUGUUACGGUGAGCCCGGCCACCUUUACCGACGAGCCGGACCACAAAAACGAGACCAUUGACGAGGUGUUUGUCUAUGAUAAGGUCACUCCACCACCAAUCCCACAGCGCCAAACCCCCCUUCAAAUCCAUCUGACACCGGAAUUUAGGAAACGAGACAGCGAUUCACUGUGCAGAGAAGCCACUCCGGAUGAUUUGGGAAAUCUGAUCAGGGUUCUUCAGACAGAAAAUGAGUAAGUUUUGGGGGAAAAAUGAGGUUUUUUUGGAAUUUUUGUGGGGAUUUUUGACGAAAAAAUUAGGUUUGAUAGGGAGAAAAAGCUGUGAAAUGAAUUUUGGAAGCCUUUUUCGGGUAAAAUAAGAGGACUAUAGCACUUGACCUAUAUAUAGGUCAAGUGUAAUAUAAUUUUUGAUAAAAAGUUGGGAAUUUUGGAGGUUUUAUGGGUUAAAUGAAUAGAAAAAAGUCUGACAAGGAAAGUACUUUUAUGGGGCUCCUACUUUUUGACGGGACAUAUCUCAAAAAAUCAGAAAAAAUGUGCUGAUCAAGGAUAUAUAAAUCUUAGCUGCCCAUUUUAGGUUUUUAGGGGUGAAAAUGCCCAAAAACUGGCUUAAUUUCUCUACAAAAGGCGCAGGCAUUCGAAACGAUAAAAAGCGCAGUCGGUCUCCUCCUUCGGAAGAGAGCGGUGUGGCCGAGUGGUUAGUGCCGUAGCUUUGGAAUCAAGAGGGAGGACGCCGCACGGGUUCGAUUUCCCUUUUGGGCCGAAGUAACUUUUUAAAAAAAGUUGAAGGUCUGAAAAAUAAAUUUUUGUGCCAAACCUGAUUUAUUACGUCUUAGAAACUCAAUAAACAUCAUUCUAAGCCAAAAUAAAAAUUGUAAACCUGUGAAAAAUUGAGCGAAAAGGGGUUUAUAUAGGACUUUAAGUCAUCUUCCGACUGAGUUUUCACCCCUAAAAACCUAAAAUGGGAAGCUAAGAUUUAUAUAUCCUUGAUCAGCACAUUUUUUCUGAUUUUUUGAGAUAUGUCCCGUCAAAAAGUAGGAGCCCCCAUAAAAGUACUUUCCUUGUGAAAUGAAUCUUGGAAGCCUUUUUCGGGUAAAAUAAGAGGACUAUAGGUCAAGUGUAAUAUAAUUUUUGAUAAAAAGUUGGGAAUUUUGGAGGCUUUAUGGGUUAAAUGACUAACGAAAGAGCUGAAAUGAAUCUUGGAAGCCAUUUUUGGGUAAAAUACGAGAACUAUAGUCAAGUGUAAUAUAAUUUUUGAUAAAAAAUAGGGAAUUUUGGAUGUUUUCUUGGUUGAAUGACUAGAAAAAGAGCUGAAAUGAAUUUUGGAAGCCAUUUUUGGGUAAAAUACGAGAACUAUAGUCAAGUGUAAUAUAAUUUUUGAUAAAAAAUAGGGAAUUUUGGAUGUUUUCUUGGUUGAAUGACUAGAAAAAGAGCUGAAAUGAAUUUUGGAAGCCAUUUUUGGGUAAAAUACGAGGACCAUAUGUCAAGUGUAAUAUAAAUUUUCCUCAAAGAAUAUGAUUUUUCGAUUUUUUUUUUGAGAAAAAAUAAAAAUUCUUGGAUGAAAUUUGCGUUCUCAUUGUAAAAUACGAUCGCGCAUGUUUCACUUUUUUUUGCAGGAUGUUAAAAUCGGCGUACGACCGGGUCCGCCGACAGCCGACCCGCUCCCAGAUCCUGACCACGCCCACUCAAAGGCUGGGCCAAACCGAAGACUUGUCGCAGGCCGUCGCUUGUAUGCUCAAUUUGGCCACGGAACACUCUCGGAUCUAA